CUAAAUAAUUUAAUUGUGGCUAAAGGAGUUGGCGUCACUACAAAAGCCACUAGACGCAGUACUUGCAAUGGCGGCGCUACAGUCAGUAAUGCUGUUGCAGAGUUUAUGAACCGGGAAACACUUUUAGAUGUGUUUUGUUUACUUUACAAUGAAUGUGAUAAGGACACACUUAAAAAACGGGAUCGCAAUAUUGCAGAUUUCGUGAAUAAAUAUCGUUCCAUUGUUGAAGAAACACAACAUUUAAGAGUGCAUAUAGAUGAUUUCACUGUUAAAAGUUUAAUUGGAAAAGGUUACUUUGGUGAUGUUAAUGUGGUGGUUGAGCGCCAAACGGGCGAUAUAUACGCUAUGAAAAAAAUUAAAAAGUCUAAUGUUACUACAUCACAGGUGAAGGAAGAACGUGAUAUAAUGUCACAACACAGGUCGCAAUGGAUUACAAAUUUACAAUACGCCUUUCAGGACAACGAUAAUCUCUAUUUGGUAAUGGAGUUUUUACCUGGUGGCGAUCUUUUGAAUCUUAUGUCUCGUUUUGGUCCUUUUGAUGAGGAUUUGACAAGGUUUUAUUUAGCUGAAUUGAUAUUGGCUAUACACGCCUUGCAUACCAUGGGUUAUGUACACCGUGACAUAAAACCUGAAAACAUACUUAUUGAUCGUUUUGGUCAUAUUAAAUUGGCUGAUUUUGGUAAUGCUGCUGCUUUGGACAGAGAUGGUCAAGUUAUAAGUUUAUCGCCAGUCGGAACACCUGAUUAUAUUGCUCCAGAGUUACUACAAACAAUAUCUACAUAUAAAUUGACAAAGUCGUUGCAUGAC